GAUAACCUUUGGUAAAAACUGUUUUCCUAUGUAUUGUAGGAACCUCCAUUCCAAGAACCAAACAAUACAUUCUAUUGAGCUAGGAAAUAUUUUGACUGGGCCACAGAAUAUUUGCGCGCAACACAGAUUAAUACGAGAGUUAUCUCUCUUUUAAGAAAUCUUCAGUACCCGGAAGCUGCAUUGUUUUCAUCUCUACCACCCACCUGUAAAUCUUAAUGUCAAAUCAUGAUUUUAUUAACUGCUGAUGCCAAUCAUGUGAUGCCUUGACUGAUGACUUCCGUCAGUUCGGGGACAGGUGUAAGGAUGGAGCACCGAGAUGAAAUUUCUAGAGCGUUGAACAUCCCGAGGGAAUAUACCAGACGUAUCUCCAAAACUAGGGUCGUCUGUUUGGUGUCUGAUGACUGGCUGCAGCUUGCUCUUCAGGGUAAUGUUGACGGACACAAAUGGGGGCAUCUGUUGACAGUACCAGAGUGUGAUCGUCUCCUUGCUCUGUCUACCGGCACGACACAACAUCCAUGGCUGAGAAUAUCUGUCAAAAGCAUACUUAAAUCUGAUCAACUGAUCGAUUGGCCCCAGGAUGAAGCCAUGUAUAACCCGGAGCUUGAUGCCUCACUGCUCGGACAUCUGUCAGAGACAAGUAAGGAAAACUUCCAGAACUUAUGGAGAUCUGCAUAUGAGCGUUACCAUGGGGGCGAGGAGGACAAGAUGACACACAGACAGACACAGUUUACGGAAGCAGUGAGACAAUACCUCCAACAAAUUCAUCCCCAGGCUUAUAACAGUCUCAACAAACACAAAAACCACCAAGUGGAUCCACCUUCAGACCGACUUACUGUGCCCUCAACUUUUCUCCAGAAUACUGUUCCAAUCUUAACCAUAGUUGAAACAGAUGUGUAUUUUCACCUUAUACAGCCAUACUUUGCACAAUCUCUUCAUGAUGUGGUGACUUUUAGUCCUUCAAUAUUUGAAUCGUCUUUCAGCAAGCCUCUCUUUGUGUUGUACCAGAUACUUCAGUCCAUGAGAAUGUUCCACAAGCACGGAUUGUCAGCAGGCGAUCUAAACAUGAGGAAUAUUUUGAUAGAUCAUAAGCUGUGGGUGUAUCUUGCUAAUGUACCGGUGGGACUUAUAUGUCCGAGUGCUGGGUCUGGUGGCUCUCAAGACUCGGACACCCUUAAUACCCUGGAAAGUCAGCCGGCUACAUUAGCUGGCCAGACUGGAGACCAGGUUAUGACAGGUCCUUUACUUCAGAGACUUCGCAGUGAAAGUGACACUAUGGUAGAGGAUGCACGAAAAUAUUUACAGUCUAGUCAAAAUUUGAAAUUUGAAAUUAAAUAUCUUCCUGAUUUCGUAGAACAGUGGGUUAAUAGGAAGAUAAGUAAUUUCAGAUACUUAAUGGUGCUAAACACACUAGCAGGAAGAAGAGCGGGUGAUCCCAAUCAUCACCCGGUUUUGCCAUGGGUCAUGGACUUUUCUGGCCCUGAUUAUGGCUUCCGUGAUUUGAAAAAAUCCAAAUAUAGACUAAACAAGGGAGAUAAUCAACUUGAUUUGACAUAUGAAGCAUUCUCAGGUCUCUCGGAUGAUUCUCACAUUCCUCAUCACGUUUCUGAUGUUUUAUCGGACAUAACAUACUAUGUAUAUAAAGCCAGGCGCACACCAAAGUCCAUUCUGUGCACACAUGUAAGAUCCCGGUGGGUUCCAAAUGAGUAUCCCAGUAGUAUGCAAAGGAUGCAAGAAUGGACUCCGGAUGAAUGUAUACCAGAAUUCUUCACUGAUCCAACCAUUUUUACAUCUAUGCACGAGGACUUGCCUGACCUUGAGUUACCUCCCUGGAGCAAGACUGCGGAAGACUUCAUCAGUAAACAUAUGGAGGUUCUAGAAAGUGAGCAGGUAUCCAGCUGCCUCCAUCACUGGGUUGAUCUCACCUUUGGCUUCAAGCUGACAGGAUCGGCUGCCGUGAAGUCGAAGAAUGUGAACCUACAGUUGGUGGAUGAGCAUAAACAUGUGACAAACAGGGGUGUUGUACAGUUGUUCAAUGUGCCCCACCCUCACAGGACCCCAGUCUCCCAAAGGACCGGACACAAGCCUCCGAGGCUGCUGAAGAAUAUGCUGCCGUCUCAGGUUAGUAUCUACAUGGAGCAUUGCUUACCUAAUGACGACAUGAUCAGACAGCUCUGUUCCCAGUAUGAUGGGGAACUCAGUCCCACCCAGAGUAGCGACUCGGAACCACCAUCCCCUGUACAUGAAGCCACACCUGUCCUGGGAAUCGGGAGUAACGUAGCGUUGCUAGGCAACAGGAUCCAGCUCACCUCCAGUACAGCACAGGGGUCAGACGCAUUCAAGGUCGGACCUAUACACAGGAACUCUCGCAUACUCAGGGUGGAUCCGGAUGAAACCAGAAUUGAACAGAAGGAGCAUCAGAAGCGGCGACAUCUGAGGGGGAACUGGCUCGCUUACUGGGAACAUGAACUUGGUCUGAGUGAGAGGGACACUAUGUUCAACUUUAAACAGAUCAAGCUACAAACAUUUGAAGGCCACAGUAGUAGUAUCCGGUCACUGACCGUACUGGACAAUGAAAACUCCUUCAUCACUGCCAGCAAGGACAAAACGGUCAAGCUCUGGUCCAUCAAGAGCUAUGGGGAUGGUGCCCACAAAAGCAAAUGCCAGUGGACCUAUCAACAUCAUAAGAAGUCUGUGUUUUCUGUAGCCUACCUCGAGUCUGUGAGACUUGUAGCCUCCUGUGAUAGUACUGUCCAUAUCUGGGACCCGUUUACGGGAGAUAUAGUCCGGCGCCUUGAAUCAUCCCGGUACAGCCCUGUGACUGCGCUAAUUCCUUGUCCCUCGCCAAGCACAAUGAUCAUCACUGCCACGAAUGACUCCACUCUUAGGUUCCUAGACCUGCGAGCAGCCAGUUAUGCCCACGAGUACAAGUGUACAACAAGCACUGCAGGCUUGAUUCGUUGUGUGACGGUCAGUCCGGACAGCCAUUGGGUGUCAGUAGGAUUCUCCUCAGGAAUGUUGUCCAUCAUAGACCUCCGCACUGGUAUAAUGAUGAAGUCCUGGAAAGGUCACGAAGGCGACAUCUUACAGAUGAAGGCGUACAAUAAAACAACCUUCCUCACCUCGUCUUUUGACCAGACCAUGAAGAUCUGGAACACGGAGGACUCUAAGGACCUUCCCUGUCUCAAGGGUCAAAGUGAACCAGUCCAUUGCAUGUCUCUCUACAAAAACCAGAUAAUCUCAGGGACCACUGGUAAUAAAAUAGGAGUCCACGCUUCUAUAGAGAACCAGGCUUCCUUCACUGUUACUAAACUGAAGGCAGACACUUUUAAAGGCGUCCUGACAAGCAUGGCCAUUCUACCGAUGAACAGGACAGUAUUACUUGGGGCAGACAAUGGUAGUGUGCGCCUGUUGUGUUGAACAAGACUACAUAAUGAGGCAUUCUUCUGCUUUAUUGAACAUAAACUUAUAUUCUGUCUGACAAUGGUCGUGUCCAUGUCAUUUGACAUUAACACACUCUUAUGGGUUUUUUCAAACAUGAGCUGUGUGACUAGGGAUUGAAAAUGUCUGAAACGUAGAUACUCUAAUCUAUAAUUCUUUGUUAAUUGACAGUCUGCAGACUCUAACACAGAACUCAAUGUGUAGUCUGGAGUCUACAGACUCGAACACACAACUUAAUAUCUACACACUCUAACACACAACUUAAUGUCUACACACUCUAACACACAACUUAA